GCGUGACCCGCGCCGGCCAACCUGCGCGCGGGGGUUUGGGGGCAAACCGCGGCCCCGCGAGCAGCCGCGGCGGGAGAGCGGUGGGCCGAGAGCGUGAGUCGCCCGCUCGGCGCUGCCUGCUGCCCCGCCGCCCGCCGUCCGCCGAGUGCAGCCAUGUCCGAGGAGAAGCCCAAGGAGGGAGUGAAGACGGAGAACGACCACAUCAACCUGAAGGUGGCCGGGCAGGACGGCUCCGUCGUCCAGUUCAAGAUCAAGAGGCACACGCCGCUCAGCAAGCUGAUGAAGGCCUACUGCGAGCGCCAGGGCUUGUCAAUGAGACAGAUUCGAUUCAGGUUUGAUGGGCAACCAAUUAAUGAAACAGACACCCCAGCACAGCUGGAGAUGGAGGAUGAAGACACCAUCGACGUGUUCCAGCAGCAGACGGGGGGGUCCGGGGCGGCCGGCUGCCUCUGGGGUACAGCCUCUAGAGCCACCAUCCCCUCGUGCCACUGCGCUCGUGUUCGCUACUGAACAGUGGAGGUGUGGCCAUGCCCACACCAGGGGGGCUCAGACACCGAGGACAUUCCCCAGAAGGACUUUGCUCUCGGAUGUACGUCAGUGCGGCCG